AAACAAUAUACAUAAAAAAAAUGUAAUUGACCAAGAACUCUACACAACAUGUCAUAUUUCAUCUGUGAUAUGAGUUUGACAUUAACACCCCAGUAUUUAUUUACAAUUAUAGAAGUCAGAAUAGUUACAUGUUUUGUGAUAAUUACAUCUGAAUCGGAGUAUUUGAAUACGUACCAAAUCUAAGAUAGCAGAAAUAUACACAUCAAAUAAUUUAAAUUCUAUGAAUGCAGUUAUUUAAGAACCUAGUAUAGCCAGUACAGCCUUUAAAUAGUUACGUGGAUCAUUAUGUCUACUAACUUGAACAUAAUUUUAAAAAGGGCGAGCAAAGUAUAUCAUGAAGGUGAAACUAUAGCAGGUGUAGCGGUGGUGGAGAGCAGCAGCGACGUCCGGCAUGAGGGGCUCUCUCUUGUGAUGGAGGGCUGUGUAAACCUGCAGCUGAGUACCAAGAAUGUCGGCAUUUUUGAAGCCUUCUCCAACAGUAUCAAACCUAUCAACUUGAUCAACACUUGCAUUGAGUUGGCUCCUCCGGGCAAGAUUCCUGUUGGAGUGACUGAGAUACCCUUUGAGAUGCCACUGAGGGCCCGGCAGGCUGUCUCACCUGGCUACCCUGGCCUGCUGGAGACAUAUCAUGGAGUAUUUGUCAACAUCAUGUACACACUCAAAUGCAGUAUGAAAAGAUCUUUUUUGAACAAACCCCUUAAUGCCAGCUGUCAGUUCUUUGUUCAGUAUAAACAGCAAGAGCCGGCGCCGGCGAAGCCUGUGCGCUGCGAGAUCAACCCCGCCACCAUCCGCGCCGCCGCCGCGGGCCCGCGCGCCGCCAUGCCGCACUUCCAGAUCUACGCGGAGAUCGACUCCACCGUCUGUGCACUCGAUAAACCGCUUACGGGAAAGAUUCGUGUGGACGAGUGCUCCGUGGCUAUAAGGUCGAUAGAACUUCAGUUGGUCCGCGUGGAGACUUGCGGUUGCGCUGAAGGCUAUUCUAAGGAUGCGACGGAGAUCCAGAACAUCCAGGUGGGCGAGGGCGACGUGCGGCGCGGCCGCGACCUGCCGCUCUACAUGGUGCUGCCGCGACUCUUCACCUGCCCCACCACCACCACCGUCAACUUCAAGAUUGAGUUCGAGCUAAACAUUGCAGUAAUAUUUGAAGACGACUAUUUAGUGACUGAAAACUUUCCAAUAUUACUUUUAAGAAGCAGAUAGUUAUUAUGAACAAAUAAUGUACCUAAUUUGGGCGCCAAGGUGUGAACGACGGUGACCCAAGCUACGCCACUGCAAAUAACAAUGUAUCAAUGAUCUGCAAGGAACAUUAAUAAAACAAAUGUCGUGUUUACAACAUCAAUUAUUAUCAUUGAUAAGAGAAUAUAUUAUCUUGAAAGUUAUUAUGUUAUAUUUU